GCGCGUCAGGUGAAGAUGGGGCGGGAGGGCUCCGGGUGGGCCGCACCAGCGGCGCCAAGCGGCACCCAGCUGCCACCACCAGUUGAAGACAAGAUGGUGUGGCGUGCAGACAUACUAGUCCUCAUCGCGGGACUUGCGAUCUCCGCCGGUACUGCGGAGAAUUUAAAGAAGUUUCCAGUACUGAUGCCUCAUGUAAAGCCUGAGCGGGCCGAGACGUACUUCUGCACACCUAUAAGGAUCGACCCCAGCCAGGAAUACUACGUCACGGCCUUCCAACCCAAUGCCACCAGGGAAACUGCCCACCACAUGCUACUCUACGGCUGUGAGACGCCGGGAUCUAAGGAGGAAGUCUGGAACUGCGGCGAGAUGGCCCUGGCGCAGCCUGGCAUUGACUCCGCCCCAGUCUGCAAAACGGGUUCGCAAGUGAUCUAUGCGUGGGCUCUGGACGCGCCCCGGCUGGUGCUGCCUGAGGGUGUGGCCUUCAGGGUUGGGGGGAAGUCUUCCAUUCAGUACAUGGUCCUGCAGGUCCACUACGCCUCUGUCGAGAAGUUCAAAGAUGGCAGCACUGAUGACUCCGGAGUGUUUUUGUACUACACCGAAGAGCCGCAGCCUAAGUCAGCUGGAGUGUUGCUGCUCGGAACAGGCGGCCGCAUCAACCCCAACAGCGUGGAAUACAUGGAAACCGCGUGCACCAUUAAUGAGAACAAGGUCAUCCACCCCUUCGCCUUCCGCACUCACACCCACGCCCUCGGCCGCGUGGUAUCCGGGUACAAAGUGACGCGCCAAGGCUUCAAUGUCCGCUGGCAGCUCAUCGGCAAGAAAGACCCACAGCUGCCCCAGAUGUUCUACCCUGUGGCUGAGGACAUGGUGAUCCGUAAAGGCGACACUGUGGCCGCUCGUUGCACCAUGGAGAGCAAGAGGGAUCGCAUCACCAGAAUUGGAUCUGUCAACGGUGAUGAAAUGUGCAACUUCUACAUCAUGUACUGGACAAUGUCUCCUGAGGCUUUGGAACUGAAGUAUUGCUUUAGCCUCGGCCCGCCCCUCUACCGCUGGCAGCACCAGUUCAACAUGCUGCCGCUGGACGCCUCAACUCUGCCCGCCGACUCACCUCGCCCUCGUCACCAUCAUCGUCACUUCUAGGUGUUAUUCUGCCCCAGUUUAACCCAAACACUCCCUCUCAAACUUCUUCCAAACACUGUACCGCUCCAGACUCCAUAAGCGAGCUUCAUGAUCCUUCAGUCACCACCAGUACGACAGAAAUUACCGAUUUCACUGUCCUUUCCUAUACGAGUACUGUAUAUCAAGUAAUGUGCAUUUUCCUCUGUGUAGUUAUGGAAAAGAAAGCAGAAAGUGAUGUGAUGUUAAUGAGUUGGAUGGUUUCUCAGUAAUUUGCUGAGUUGUCACUAGUGCAGAAAGGCUUUAAGCAUAAUACUUGUUAUGCCUUCCUGUACACCAUUCUGUUCUCCUAAAGCCUUCCUCUCCUCACCCAGCCACUAUCCUCUGUAACAUUAGUGUGUUCACCUCGAGGCUGUUGACGGGUGAGGCUCAGGUUAAGACAGGAAGGCGCAGCGUGAAUCCUACGCGUGGUAGAGUUUAAUCCCAGCUGUUGCUGCUGCCGCUGCUACUGCUGCUGCUGCUGCUGCUGCUGCUGCUAUUGCUGCUGUUGUUGUUGCUGCUACAUCACAGUCAAAGAAGGCCUAAUUAUUAAAUGUGAUGGGAAAGUUUCCGGGUCUUCAAAGUAUUAUUAGAAUUAGUUAAAAGAUGUCAUAUAUUUUAUCACCCAAUAUUAUAUUACUACUUAGAACUACGUACUAUUCCUUAAUACAAAAUCUUCAGUAUGUAUAUAUAUAUAUAUAUAUAUAUAUAUAUAUAUAUAUAUAUAUAUAUAUAUAUAUAUAUAUAUAUAUAUAUAUAUAUAUAUAUAUAUGAAAUGUGUGCCGAGAUGUGUUGGUAGAGGGGGUGACUUAGACAUGUCAAGGUACAGCGCGGCGGCAUUGGUUUUGAUAGCGAUGACGUGCGGGUUAGGGCGGGGCGGCGCCCAAAACCCAACGCACCACCAUGGCUGUACAGGAGUCGCACGUUGUCUCGUCCCUGACUCACACAUUUCCCGACAAACGUAUUUUUGUUAUGGUAGAACAUGUGUGUUUCUCAGUGAGACAACUAAAGGAUGAAGAAAAUACGACGAGCACUGGUAUGUAGAUUUUCUUUCACAUACAUAUUUAUCUGAAGUUGAAUUAAUAAAAUCUAUUUAUUGAAAAUUGUUUUUCAUUAAUAACAGCAAAAUGAUAAGACUCGGUUUUCAGUUUGGUUUACGGCAAAAAAAAUCUUAUUUCAUAAAUCCUUGAUAGUCUCUCGAGAACAAAAUAAAUGAUUAAAUGAUCAGCAUGUUGAAUCCACAAAGCCAUCGUUCCAAUGGCAGGACUCUGACAACACAACAAGCAUUUGACAACAUCAGUUGUUCAGCGAGAAUAAUAAUCCAAUAAGUGAAAGUCAAGCAAAGACAAAAGGGCUCCAGCCAUUACAAAUGAAUGGAAUACAUGGCCGGUUACCGCGGAGUACUACGUUAGCACCGGCCAUUACAAGGAGCACAGUAAAUCACAAACCUGCAAGACUCUUCAUCAUGUAACAAUAAUAUACAACAUCAAAUACAACACAAAUGUUAUAAUGCAAAGUAAGCACGCACAAAAUAUCUCUUAUAAAUGGUCAUGAAGCUUGCUGAUAUAUUCGUAUAAAACUGACAGUUUUGUUGUAGUCAUAGAGAAUGAUUUUCUUCAAUGUACGUAUGCUCUCUCCAAUAAACAGUAAAACAGACCAUCAUGACGUAAUUCAGGAAAGGUUCAUCAUUUUAGCCAUUUGGAAUGUUAAGGAAACAGCGUUGUUCAUCGUCAGUAAUUCAAACAGAGAGAGAGAGAGAGAGAGAGAGAGAGAGAGAGAGAGAGAGAGAGAGAGAGAGAGAGAUUAAGCUAACUGGCCGC